UACAGGAUGCUUCACCAGAUGAACAGACCAUCCCUUCAAUCUUCACUCAAAAUCCUCAGUGUUUUGGUUCUCCCUCUUCUCCUAACACACUCUUGUAAAGGUCAGUCCCAGUUAAUUGGUCCAUCUCAGCCAAUAGUGGCAACAGCUGGUGACGACAUUAUUUUGCCAUGUCAACUGCAACCUGCAGAGGAUGUUGCUAACAUGACACUGGAGUGGAAGAGCUCUGACUUAGACUCCAGAUUAGUCUAUGUGUGGCGUGCUGGUCAGGACAUGACACAUCUUAAACAUCCAUCCUAUAAGGAGCGAACAUCACUGUCCAUCGAUGGCCUGAAGCAGGGAAACAUUUCACUGAAACUCUCUAAAGUGAAACUUUCUGAUGGGGGAAAAUACAAAUGCCACAUUCCAAAACUCAAUAAAGAAUCUUUUGUUGAGCUAAUUGUUGGUGCUGUAUCUUCGUCUGUCAUCAGUUUAGCAGGUACUGAUAGAGACACAGGAACAGUUGUGUUACAGUGUGAGUCUAAAGGCUGGUAUCCACAGCCUGAGGUGCUCUGGCUGGACAGUGAGGGAAACCUCCUCUCUGCUGGACCUACAGAGACAAUCAGAGGUCCUGAUGGUCUCUAUACUGUCAGCAGCAGAGUGACUGUGGAGAAGAGACUCAGCAACAACUUCACCUGUAGAGUCCAACAGAACAACAUCAACCAGAUCAGAGAGACAUACAUUAUUGUUGCAGAUGAUUUCUUUAAGGUCCAGUCCAGUUCUUCUCCUGCCGUCAUCGGUUUGGCUGUUAGUUUGGUUGUUUGCAUCGUGGUUGUUGUUGCAGUUUUCUUUUUUGGGUGGAAAUGGAGAAAAAACAUGAUCAAGACCAGGAGAAGCUGCAGGGAUGAAACUGAUGGAGGAGGAAACAAGAACCUUUCUAAAAGUGAUGAUCCUGUAAUGCAGCCUCUCAAUGUAGUAGACACAGAUGGAGAGACGUUCAUAGUUGAAAACAAACAGGCUGAAUGUGAUCUACUCAUGAAGCUGCUGCAGCUCCAUGAAGAGAAUCAGAGGAGGGAGAGAGACCUGCAGACCCUGAAGGAGAAUCUGGAGACCAAGAUCAAAGAGCUGGAGACAAUAAAAGCUGCUUGGUUUAAGGGUUCAAAGGAGAAGGAAGCUGAAAAAGAAAAAGAAGUGGCGACAUUGAAGAAGAAGCUGCAGACCAAGCAGAAGGAGUUUCAGACCAAAACCAAAGAGAUUAAAGUAAUAAAAGAUGAACUUCAGCAGCUCCGUGAUGAAAAUCAGAGGAAGGAAACUGACCUGCAGAGACAGACGGAGGAGACCAACAACAAGGAGAGGCCAGAUGUAAGCCAACAUAAUGACACCAACCCAGCUGGCAAAAACUCAACAGAGGUCUUUGUGGAGGUCGACCCAGAUGGAAAACAUCUCCGUCUCACCACUAAGUCUAAAGAGGAGCUGAAACUGGAAGGCUGGAAGUUACGAGUGACGCUCAACGAUGAAAACCCCAACAUGUUCACAUUUGGGAAGUCAUGUAAUCUCAAUGCUGAGAAUAAUGUCAAGAUAUGGGCCAAUGGUCGUGGUGUCGAUUUUCCUCCCUAUGUUCUGCAAUGGAAGGACCUGAAGUGCUGGACCAAAGCAGACAAACUCCUCAUUCAGCUCAUCAACUGUCAUGGAGAGAUCGUGAAAACCACUGAAGUAUAA